AUGUGCAGCAACAUGGAGGAUGUAAAGGAUCGGUUAAGAUACACAUUUCGUCUAAUUCGUGAAGUCAAAAGAAAGCGUAAGGAAUGCAAAUCGACCAACGGAAUGGACGUUCGCAAGUUGAAGACGGUGGAUAUCGACAUCAGACAGAUGGAGUUUCUGUUCGAAGAAAUAAUAAGACUUCUCCGUUCGUGCGUCAAAGUUAUCAACUACUGUACGGACGAAUGGACAGGCGCACAGUGGCAGAUCGAUGCUUUCGAACGCAUCGCGAACUACGUCGGAGAAUUCGUCGAAGUCGAAACGAAAUGCAGCUUGAUCAUGGACGAACUUUUAGGAAAACGUAAAGAGGAACUGUCUUCGGGAGGUGUCUGCAAGGUGUGUUUUCUCCGAGUUGCCGAGGUGGUGACGACGCCUUGUUAUCAUUACGUUUCCUGCAAAAGAUGCUCUUACCGACUUGGAAGUUGCCCGGUGUGCCGGACGACAACGGAAAGACGUCUGUCGAUCGGAGAUAUCGAAGAGGGUACGCGUGUGUACAGAUGUUGA